AUGGGUUUCGAAUGUGAUGGUCCCCUCGAAGGAGACAUCUUCAUCGACAUGACGCCGCGAUAUACCAAGAAGGAAGAUGAGGCCGGGCAGCGUCAGGAGAGCGAGAUAUCACCCGUCAAGCUUCUGGUCCCUUCGGUCAAGGAUUUCGAAGAUAUAUGCAUAAACCAGUUCCACGACGCCAUGACCAGCCAGAGACCGCCAAAGAUCACCACCUGGCUUGCAUACCUUCGCCAGCCCGCCUACUUGUCCUCGUACCCUGCACUGGCACCCGCGCUGCGCGCCGCGUCGAUGAUGCUGUACGGCAUAUCUCACAGGGAUGCCUGCGCCCGGACAGAGGCUCAUGAUUGGUACGAGCGCAGCCUUACGAGCCACAGACACCAACUGCAGAAACUCUCGGCCGAUCUCCAGGGGCCGAUUUCGAAUCUCGUGUCCUGUUCUCUCGUGUUGGCCUUGUUCGAAAUGAUCAGCAGUACCGUGCCCAACGGGCCAACCCACCACUACUCUGCAGCGGCGGUACUGCUGCGCGGUGUUGGCCCCUCGAGUUGUCGAGGCGGAAUAAUGCACCAGAUGUUUCGAACGGCCAGGCUGAACGACGCGUACAUCUCAAUCAUGACAGGAAUCCAAUCACCGUUUGCAACUGAAGAAUGGCUCACUGUCCCAUUCGCCGAAUACCCAAAGACUGCGGUCGAUUCCAUCGUCGACAUUCUCCUCCUGACGACUCAUUGCACACAUCUCUUGAGCAAUGUCACUGACUCUAUGGAAUCGAGACGCUUAAUAAAUUGGGAUGCUCCCGAUAUGCGCAUCAUCAAGCGUCUCGCUCUGAGCCUGGUAGAAUCCUCCGACGACUGGCUCUGUGAGCACGAAGUACGUGAAGCUAGACUCCUGGAAGGCUCCGAAGGAGCUUCGGCUAGACGGGAUUUCGUGCCCAACCACGAGGGAGGUCGAUAUCUCGGGACUCUGUCGGCGACCUUGUGGGGUCUGCACAGCACCGUGAACAUGAUCUUGUAUUCGGUCUUGUUGGCAUCGACGCCCAGCUCAGAUCCCGCAAGGCACGAAUACCAGCGACGCGUCUUCUUCCACUCGUCAAAGAUUCUUUCGGUGGCAGCAUAUCAGGAAGCAGCGAGGCUUGCUGGUGGCGACUUCAUCCGCACCGCGUACCCGGUCAAGGUCGUUGUCGGCCUCAGUCCCUCCACCGAGCAUCGUCGUCGCGCAGAGGCGACGCUGGUACGUUGGGCUCAGCUGAGCUCGUUGACUUGCCUGUGUACGGCCUUUCACAUACCCGCGUAUCUGCAGGCUGAAGCACCACGCUGA